AUGCAAUUCAACAACAUUUUGAAGAACGAUAUAAACUUUGCAUCCGGCAAAUCUACUGACUUCUUGUGUAAAUAUCUAUCGACAGGCAAGGGGCUCCCCCAAAUUUUGAUUCGAAGAAGACUCCGAACCUCUCCUCAAGGACUCAAGUAA